UUCAGCAUCGCACGCCGGCGGUCCACGACGACCAACAAGCCGAUCAAGCCUCCGGGCAAGAACUGGGCUCGCGCCUUCGAGAAACGCCACCCUGAACUUAAAGCGAGACGAGUCAAGUCAAUAGACUGGAAGCGCCAUGAGAACAAUAUAUACGAUAAGACUGUAGAGUGGUUUCAGAUAAUUGGCAAGGUGCUGCAGGAUACAGCGGUACUGCCAGAGAAUGUAUACAACAUGGAUGAGACGGGGGUCAUGCUGAGUAAGCUUGGUUCUGUUAAAGUCCUAGUAGGUAAGGAUGAUAGACGCGACUAUAGAGGUGCUAGCACGAAGCGGACGAUGGUGACUGCUGUCGAGUGUAUAAGCGCUGACGGUAGGGCGCUGCUGCCUCUUAUCAUCUGGCCAGCCUCGACGCACCGAAGUAACUGGACUACGUAUCCCACACCCGGAUGGCACUACGCAUUCUCUGAGAGCGGUUAUAAUGACUCUAAGAUCAGCUUGGAGUGGCUUAUGCAAAUUCUUGAAUUCUGCCUUAGUAACAACAUCAUGCUAUGCCGUCUCCCCUCUCACACCUCCCAUAAGCUGCAGCCCUGCGAUGUUGGAGUAUUCGCGCCCCUGAAGACAGCCUAUCGCGACCAGGUCGAGCGGCUAAACAGAGGGGGUAUAGAUACAGUUGGUAAGGAGCACUUCACCUCGCUAUACGGCCCUGCAAGGACCAAGGCUUUCACGAGGCGGAAUAUCAAGGCCGCCUGGGCCGCAAGUGGCUUGCUGCCUUUUGACCCAGAAAGGGUACUCCAAGACAUGCCAAGGCCACCUGCAGAGCUCACGGUUUCUAUAGCUAGUAAGGAUAUGCCAUCUGAUCCCAGGGACGAAAUACCUGUAACACCUGUAACGCCAGUAAACACAGAAGGCCUAGUGUCGCUUCAUAACCUAAUUCAACAGGACACAUCUACGCUUGACGAACUAAGCAAACAGCGCCUACAGAGACGAGUACAGAAGCUGGCGAGCGCGGCUCACAUCUCGUUCGCCCAACAAGGUCUCCUGCAGGACCACAACCGACUAUUGGCUAAGAUUAACGGAGAGGCCAAGGUCCGCCGAGCGACUCGAUCAGUCGUGCUAGGGAAGGCGAAGGUGAUGAGCUAUGAGGACCUGGAGGAGGCACGGGCAAAGCGAGCUGCUAAAGAA